AUAACAAGUCCACAUACACACACGUUUUAUGUUUGGGUCUGUGUUCACUUCUCUCAAAACUACACGAAAGCAUAUUGUAACAGAAAACAGCGCAACAAUAUGGAAGACACAAUGAAAACACAAAAUGUUCUAAGUGUGAACAAAACCCUGCCUUAUGAUGCCACCUUUCUCAAGGUAUUCAUUUCACUGCCUCAAAUUAAUGAGAUCGCAUCGAGCAUAUCGAAGAAUUCGAUCGUGGAAGGUGCCAAUGAAAUUGCUUGGGCUCUGAAGGCCUUAAUGUUGACGGAUUUGACGACCUUGGCCGGGGAUGAUACGGCGGCAAAUGUGCGCCGGCUUUGUGUGCGCGCCUGUUUGCCCUUUGAACCGGAGCUCUUUGAUAAAUACGUUGAGCGCCGGCUACUUCCGGAAAUUCAUUGUGCCGCUGUUUGUGUGUAUCCCGCUCGAGUGGAGGAUGCCCAUAAGACAUUGAAGCAGUAUGGCAAAUUGAAGGAUAUUUCCAUAGCAGCAGUGGCCACCGGUUUUCCCACUGGCCAAUAUGGACUACAGACGCGUCUGGGGGAGAUUGGUUAUGCUAUUGAGGCAGGUGCCACAGAGAUCGAUAUUGUUAUCAAUCGACAGCUGGCACUGGUGGGCGACUGGGAAGGUGUCUACAACGAGGUGGUCCUCAUGCGAAAGGCCUGCGGUGAGCGUGCGCAUCUGAAGACAAUCUUGGCCAUCGGCGAGCUUGGCUCGAUGGAGAAUGUGUACAAGGCGUCCAUGGUGUGCAUGCUGGCGGGCGCAGAUUUCAUUAAAACGUCCACGGGCAAGGAGGCGGUGAAUGCUACGCUGCCCGUUGGCCUAGUUAUGAUCUUUGCCAUACAGGAGUUCAAGCGACGCACUGGCCAAAUUGUGGGCCUGAAACCAGCGGGCGGUGUGAGAACUGUACGGGAUGCAAUUGCCUGGAUGACGUUGGUCAAACAGACGCUUGGUAUGCACUGGCUGCAGCCGCAUCUCUUCCGUUUCGGUGCCUCCGGUCUGCUCGACGAUGUCGAGAAAGUUGUGCGCGAUGGUAUCGCCAAACUGAAGCAGGCUUAGCCUAUAUUUUUGUUAACGUAUAUAAUACUCUUUAUAACUAAAACAAUUACAUUGUCAACUUGUGGCCCAUUGUUCUGCUUGUUUCCUGUGACGUCUAUUGUGAAUUUAUUCCCACAUUUAUAAAUAUAUUUUUGCAUCUUUUGAA